AGUUGAAGCGAGACCUUUGUCGUGGAAAGGUUUUCCAUAAGAAAACUCAAAUUCAUUUUUUUAAAAAGAAAAAUCUCUUUUAGAUUCAAAAUGAAGGAUAAACCGGAUAAAGUCGAUAAAACGUCUGAAAAUCUCACGGUUAGGGAGCAAAUGCAGGCUCUCUAUCAAUUUUUUGGGCACAAAGACAAUAUUAUUUGGGAUUGCUAUCAGAGAGAUCAGAAGAUUCACGUGAGAAAUAAAGUGGCUUUGGUGUUUGGUUCUGGACAGCAGGUGGCACCAGUUACAGGUAAAAAGACAAAGAUGGCUGACAGAACAAAAACCGUUAGUAAGGACGCCAUUGAGGACGCGACCAAGGAGGCCAUUGAUGAAUCUUCUAGUGAUUCCAAUGAGGAAGAUGAAGGACUUUUAGAAGAGGGAUCAACAAAGAUUUCAGCGAAAGCAGCAAAAAAGGGAAAAGAUUUAGAGAAGGAAGAGAAAAAACGCAUCCGUGAGGAGAAGAAAUUAAAUAGCAAAAUUGACGAAAUAACCAAUUCAAUAUGGAAGCAAGCACAAUACACUGAUGGGAUCCUCAUGAUGUCGAUCAUUUACUUGGCAGUUAUCAAGCCAAAUAUCAAAAAGGAUCAUUCAGAAGACAACGUAGAAGAAGUCAAGGAUUACUCCAUGUAUCCUGUCUUCCGUGUAAUGAAAUGCGUGAAAAAUAAAAGCUCUCACAAUUGCUGCAUGAUCUUUGUGGAUGAUCAUGCGAGAGUUUACAGCAACUGGGAGGAUUUUAGGCAGUCAAAUCUCCUUCCUGAGAGUACGAUUGUUGCUCCAGAGUGUGGGGUGUACAACUGCACUGGCAACGGGAGGGUGCUGCUUGAAGUCUUUGCACCACCAGCAUCGAGGAUUGAGUAUAAAAUUCUCACUGGGAUUGAUAGAGCUGCAGAUGUGAUUGGAAUUGUGGCAGCUAUUGCUGCUCUGGUAGCUAUAGGCCUCAUUGCUUGGGUUCCAUUGGCUGCUUCUAUUGCUGUGGUAAUUUUCACCGUUGCCAGCUCGGUGAGUGCAGUGGCUUCAGCAUGGUCAGCAAUACGAUCAGCUAUGAAGCUGGCAGAUCGCAAGAAGCACGAACGUCCGAAUACGCUGGACAACAAGGAAGCCCGAUCAUGCUGGUUGGGAGCUGUUGGCGGUGCCACGGGCUUAGCUGCUGGCAUAGCUGGCACUGGGAUGAGCCAAAUGAUUCGCAAUGGGCAGAAAAUACCAACAAUCAUGCGUUGCAUGGUUGAUGCUAUUUUCAUUGCAAACAUCAUCAUGCAGAAGCUAUCGCUUGUUAAUGACUACUUCGACGUGAUGUUCAAGGUGAAGGAUAAGAAUGUCUCAGCGCUGGAUUUUAUACGUCUUGCUGCAUCCAUUGCUGUCUUCAUUCAUUCCGUGAAUAACUUCAAAGUUGCCAAAUUGGUCAUCAGGAGUCAUCAGCAAUCCACGAUCAGUGCAUUCCGGGAUAUUCUCAGUGCUGACCAGCAGAAGGUAUUCGAUCGUAUGGCAAGAGAAACAGUAAGAAUUCGUGGUGAAUAUGCAGGGAAUGCAGACAUCAUUAGAUCUCUGAGAAAUAAUCCUUUCGUGCGUGAGAACAUUGAUUCACGCGUUCAAGUUAACAAUUUAAUACGGCAGCAAAAUUGGAAGGACACCUCGGCGCACACAGCAAAUGUCCUGAAGAACUUCAAGGGAAGUCUCCAUGAUGACGAUCUCCUGGCGAUUGUUGUGAACAUCCGCCAAAAGAUCAGCCAUGAUGCUUUUGAGAUCUUCAAGGGAUUCGUCAUUGUCUACGUGGAAGUUCACGGGGAUCGCAUUGAGCGUGAAUUGAAUCGUUUUAUUCCAAUGGAGGAAUUUAUGAGCAACAUCUUUAAGGUUUUAUGCACCGAAGCUCGUGACAAUGGACAAAAUGUGGAUGAAUUUAUUAUGCAGACACAAUUAGAGAAUCAGUUGUACCUUUUUGAGCAGAUUAAUAAGUUUUAUGAGCAAUUUUGCAUGCGUCCACCGAAUGAGCUCUGCAGGCAAUGUGGAGGAAAAUAUUUCAAAGCAGAAUAAUUUUAGGGAUGAUAUUUUUAGGGGAGAAUGGGGCAAUUGAAGGAAACUAUUUAUGUUCUCACAAAUAAAGAAAAUUUAUAAUGUUUAAUGUAAAAUUUCAGACCAAAAAAAAUACAAAGAAAUGAAAAAAAAGUCCAUAAAUAGAGAUAUAAAUAAACUAUAAAUUGUGAUAUUUUUGUAAUUUGUCGUGACUUUGAAAUGAAAUCACAUAGCGAUGCAAGAAGAAUGGCAGGAGAACAAUAAAUAAUUCUUUUACACUCUGACUUGUGAACUUUCGUGUAAUUGCUGAUCAAUUAUCGAAGGACAGUCGCUUAGUGAUUGAAAAUGUUGAUACAGACGAAUCACCAAACACCCGCGCAAGAACAAUGCCGUUUGCACCACUAAAAUUGCCUGCAUAUUUUGAAUUAAUUUAUUAUGACCAAUCUGCAAUUAUUUCUCAUUGUAACAAAUAAACAAUUUGUCCAACAUUCUUCAUUCUUCUGGAGCUAUGUAUUCCGGAUCUUUCGCGACCUAACAAAACGGUUACAUUGAUUUCUGCAAGGGGUUGAUGAUUUCUUCAAUUUCAUGUUUCAGUAAAUUCAUUUGAAGAAUAAAUUUCUUUUUAGAUGA